AUGACGGGCAACGGGGAGAUUCCGCAGCCGCCGAACGGCGACCUCCGGCCCGUCAGCAUCGUCAUCGGCGCCGACGACGACUCCCACAGUCGAAGUCACGAGAGCAUCGCCCUGCUGCCGCAGCCGGCCGCCGUCAUCCGCCCGCCCGUCCAGAAAAUCUCGGCCCGGUUUCAGCUCUCCGUCGAGCCCGACGCUCCCCUGCCAAUGAUGCGCGAUGAGAGCCACCGUAUGCUUCUUCUUCCGUUGUUCUUUUCAGAUCUUUCUUUUUUUUUUGUUUCCAAGCUUAUCUCUCUGAAAGGUGUGGUGAAGGUAGUUGGACACAGAAAAAAGAAGAAUAUAGUUUCCUUUUCCGUUUCAAAAAGGAUUUUGUACCGUAAACUUCGGCUCGAAAUUUGAAUUUUUUUCGGCUGGAAAAAAAUUUUUGGUAGUGGAAAAGGGAGUCAAGAAACUAAAACCCGCUUUUUGUUUUAUUGGUUUUUCUCAGGAUUGAUGGGUUACCUUAUUUUUUAUAAAAUGAACAGGAAGAUUUUUUUCUUGCUCUUUUCUCCUUUUUUCAAACGCUCUUGAGUGCUCGUCUGGAGGAAACAUUUGUUAAAAUAAGAAGGAUUUUUGAGGUCUCUGAAAGGUUUUUUUGUAGAAAAAAAUGAUUUUUGAUGAAAAAAAUCGAGGUUUUUUUUAUGAGAUUUCUGAAUUUUUUUAACUCCUUCUUGUAGAAAUAUUUAUCAAAAAGUCAACAGGAUGGAUGUUUUUUUGGAAAGGUUUUCUGUUUAAAGUUGGCCAAAAAACUCCCAGAAAUUUUUAGGGAAACUUUCUAAAAAUAUAUUCCAAAUAUUUCAGUUCAUAUUUUAAACGUAUUUUUCGAGCAUCGUUAAUUUGAAAGGUGAGCAAAAAAAUCUUUUUAAAAAAAUCUUAAGUAAAGAGUAUUUUGAAUAUUUUCCAAAGAUUUCAGUUAAAUUUUUCUUGAAAUCCUCACCGAAAAAAAUGAAUAUUUUAGGAGAGCUGUUCUCAUGGGGCGCCCAGAAAGAAGCCGGCGGCAACCACAAUUUGGCCCUCUUCGAGGAGCCAUCCAUGCCGUUUUUCUCCAAUUAUUUGAAGGCCCAUAUCACGCCGGGGCCACUGGAACGGGCACAGAGCUCGCAUGGACACGGGGCCAAGGUUUUUUUGGGAAAAAAACGAGAGAAGUCGAAAAAACGAGUAGAAAUGAGGAUUUUUGGAAGCAAUUUGAAAAAAAAAAGCCUUGAAAAUUGAGCAAAAUAAGAAUUUACUUCUAGAAGUAGUGAAUAUUUCUUUGAAAAAAUGAAAAAAAUUAAGAGGUUUUUUUAUUGAAAAAAAUUGAAGAGAAAGCCUCGAAAAAAAUGAUUAAAAUUAAGUGUUUUUCCGUGGAAAAGUUGAGAAUAUAAAGGCGUCAGAAAUGAGGAUUUUUCUUGAGAAAAAGCUUUCAGAAAAACAUGGACUUUUUUUCAAAAGAAGUUCAAUAAACAGCAUUGAAAAAAAGCAGCAAAAAUUAAGUGUUUUUAGAAAAGUUUGAAAAAUCUGUCCAAAGAUGAGUAAAAAUGAAAAUUUUUCUGAACAAGAUGAAAAAAACAGCACUUUUUUUGAGGAAAGUUCAGAAAGAUAUCCUUGAAAAAUUAAGCAAAUUUUUUUUUAGUGUUUACUUGAAGAAUUUGUGUAAAAAAAUCGUUGAUAAAAAGAGAAAAAAAUUAGAAUUUUCUGAAAAAAAUUGCAAAAAAAGCUUGAAAAAAAUUAGCAAAAAAAUAAAGGUUUUUCUUCAAAAAAAUUUAAAAAAACAGGAACUUUUUUUGAGAAAAAGCUUAGAAAAACAGCCUUUAAACUCAGCUAAAUCAGGUUUUUUUCUUUAAAAAAAUGAAAUAAAAAAAGCCUGUAAAAAUCGGCAAAAAGUCAGGAUUUUCUGGAGUAAAAUGAAAAAGAAAAAUCUCGAUAAAUCAGCAAUAAUAGGGCAUUUUUUUGAAAAAAAGUUUAAAAAAACAGGUUUUUUUGGAGAAAAAGUUUAGAAUACGCAUUUGAAAAAAAUGAGCGAAAUAGGGUGUUUUGUUGAAAAUAAUAGUUGUCAAAAAGAAGUGAAAAUGAAAAUUUUAUGAUGAUAAGUUUAAAAAAAAUCUUGACAAAUCAGAUUUUGUUAAAAAAAUUCUAAAAGUUCGAUUUCAGGCUGAUUUGGGAGUGAUCCUCGGCGUCUACCUGCCCACAAUACAACACAUUCUCGGUGUCACCAUGUUCAUCCGUUUAUUCUGGCUCGUCGGAAUCGCCGGCCUCGGCCAGACCUUCCUCCUUCUCUUUGUCUGCUGUCUUUGUGUUG